AUGCCUCCGGAAGCAUUUGAACUUAGUCGUGCCAGAGCCUCUGGCCCGACACGUCAGCAGCCCCGGUGUCAGUGCGCACAGCUCCCGGGGAAGCCCUGGGUCAGGGGGCAGAGAGCUGCUUGUCCGAGCCAGGUCCCCCGGACUCUUAACGGUUUCCACGACCAGCUCAGAAAGGUCUGUUCUCAAAGCAUGUGGAGAGCACGUUUUAGAGGAAUCCUUGUAGUUCCAAUGUCAUGUAAGGUGGGCAGAGCCCAUGUGUGGAGUCUCAAACAUCCCAGAAAGAUCGGAGAACUGCAUAGUUAUACAGAGAAAAUGAAAGAGCCGGCAAGAAAGAGAAGUAUUUGUGACGCGCUGUAA